AUGGUGGGUUUACGAGGCUAUGUUCGACGAAAGAUCCUCAGGAAUCUGGGCCUUGAUGAUUGGUUUCUGUUAGCAGGGCUGAUACACUGUCGCUUUCAACAUUACCCUAACUAUUAUGAAGCCAUACGAUAUGGACUGAGUCGCCAUGUUCACACUACCACUCUCCCAGAGAGAUCUGAAUUUCUCAAGAUUAUGUGGGUUACGUCAGUUAUGUACGGAGCACUCAUAAUGAUGCUUAAGAUCACUUUUCUUUUGCAAUACCGUCGCGUAUUCCCACUGCCCAUUUUCCAACGAUUGUGCGACGCGUCUCUUGUUUUUAUUGUCAUCUGGGCUACUGCUGCAACGUUGGGGUCUUUGCUCAACUGUCCGCCUAUCAAAUCAAACUGGGAUCCAUUACGGUACAAAGACUGUAAAGAGCGGUUGAGGUUCUGGUACGCAAUGGGCGUCCUGCACGUUGUCAGCGAUGCAGCCAUUUUUGCCAUGCCUCUGCCGCUGCUGCAAACAUUGACUUUGCCGAGGCUACAGAAAGGAGUGCUGAUGGGAAUCUUCUCCCUGGGUUUCUUCACUUGCGCGAUCUCCAUUAUCCGCCUUACUACACUUCGAUCAUCCACUAUGAGCGAUGAUCCAACCUGGGCUAUGCAAAAUACAGUAUUAUGGUCAACCGUUGAAGUCGCUUGCGCCAUCAUUUGCGUGUGUAUCCCGACUUUGAGGCCUCUUCUACGGCUAUGUACAGGCUGGCAGAAGCAUUCUAACGACAUAACUGAGUUAACACCGACACCAAGAUUAGAAGAAGAGGACGGGAAAUCCGCAGAAACGAAUAUAAACGGAGUAAGGAUUUGA